AUGGUUUUAAAAAAAAAUUUAGAAAAAUCCCUAAAUGACUUUGAAAUGAGAAUUAAGGAGUUAGAGCAAAGUAACGAAGCGUUACGUUCACAAUUUAAAUAUUUAGAAGAAAAGGUUAGAGAAGAAACCAAAGCUAAGCAAGAAAUUAUUAAUAACUAUGAAGAAAAGUUUAGAGAA